AUGGAUGUUCCAGAGCUAUAUGAACACUUGGGCUGGCAUUUAUCCACCGCAUGCCGCACAGACCCACCACAUCGGCUUUUGACUGCGCAUGAUAUUGACAGCGCCUUCAAGGCCGUGAGGGAAGAGGAAAGCAGCUCUGGGAGGAAAAAGAAAAAAGUUGUGAUUGAGAUUCUCAAUACCGCGCCUGUGCUGAAAGAAAAAUUAAGACAACGAAAGGCGGGCAUAUCAUCUUCUGCAAGCGAGCAGAGACUACCAUCACGUUUACUGUAUACAAAAGAGUUCGACAAUGUCAGGAACAAGUUGCACUGCUCGGAUCAUCCAGGAGAUAAUAUUUUCUGUUGGGUAGAUGCUACACAGCCAAAUACUCCGCACUAUCCACUGUGUACACAAGACCUGCAAGAGUGGGCCAAACACUUGCACCAGACUCAAGAUCCCGACAAUGCGUGUGAUACGCUACCCAACACCCUACAUUUCGACGAAAUUCGGAAGACACGUAAGGAGCGAUCUGCGUCAUCGCUCGAGAGAGUACCUACCGAGGUCAUAUCACCCAUUCGAAUUCAUAAUCAUAUUCAUCUCUCAUCCGCCGUCAAUGACAUGGUGAUCUCCCAGGACGGAACACGUACAAGACAACAAGGACACCCUACUACGUCUCCUCCGCCUCUCAAGCGGACGUAUGCCCUUUAUAUAGAGAGUGACGAUGAAUCAAGUGACGAUGAACCGCCGCAAGAUAUCGAGGACGUCCUUACGAGUGCUCACUCUCGCUACCCUACCAUGAACUUUCCUCAAUACAUUGGUACACUGAAAGAUCAUGGUGUACUGUAUUUGCCCACCGCAGCUUUCUUUACCACAGGAUUUUAUAAGGAACAAAUUGGCAUGUCAGACGGGGCCGCACAUACUUUUUGGAAUUGUGUUUCCAAAGCUUACGCCAAGGCGGAACGCGCGAAGGGGAGAAGGAAGAGCAAAGGGAAAAAGAAAGCACGAAGUCAGCAUGAUGAUUCGGAGGACCAAGAAGACAUUCCAUCUAUUAACUAA